AUUUUGUUCUGAGCCUAAUAAUGGUCACCCAAAAGGACGUUCAGCCCCCAAAGCAGCAGCCAAUGAUAUAUAUAUGUGGAGAAUGUCACACAGAAAAUGAAAUAAAAUCCAGGGAUCCAAUCAGAUGCAGAGAAUGUGGAUACAGAAUAAUGUACAAGAAAAGGACUAAAGGAUUGGUGGUUUUUGAUGCUUAA